AUGCCGCCUGUGCGGUGCGAUGGCUUCUCUCCUCAAAAGGACGUUCGCCGUUCCACCAGGGAAAGAGCAACGUUGUACGCAAGUCUUCAAGAGAAUCGACUGGGUAUGAAUCACGAGAUGUUGGACAGUUUGAUCGGGAACGCGAAUCGGCUUCGUGAUCGUGUAAGUCUACUCCCAUGACAAAAAAAAUGCCGAAAAGUUUUUAAAGAUGUCUAAAAAUCUUUUUGGCACUCUAUCCGGUCAAUUUUUAUCAUUGCAUAUGUAAUUUCAUUUACGGGAAGGUAUUUUAUUGUGAUUUUUUUUGGAAGUUUAUUCAAUAUCUUUUUGAUCUACCAGGAGAAGGUUGUGAAAAUUUUAAUCUGCUUGGUUAAUCAAUUUUUUUCCGGUCAUUCAUUAGUCUGAAAAAAUACGAUUUAUUGUAGAUUUCGGCUUAGAUUGUUAUUCAAGCGAAUGUGAAGCUUAAAACGCGAAAUCGCCUUUUUAUUAGUACUGAAUUCAGAAACAAACCGUUUAUUCGAAUUAAAUUUGGACUCUGAAGCUUUGAAUUUCAAUGAAUUCCAGGAACUCCGCGAAUCUCAAAACAGACCAACCGGCUACACAAGAUCGGGCCGCAAAAUCCACGCGUUUUUCGACGACGGCCAUUCUUCCGACGAGGACGCUCUUCUUCCCAGAAAAAGCACUAGACGGUACUUUUUCCGCUCUAAACUUCUUCAAUCCAAUAUUUUCCUAGGCAUUCCUAUCGCGAAGACGUUCUCGAAGCUAUCAAGGAAUCACGGCUGAUGCACGAACGUGAACUUCGUCGUUCAAAACCGAAACCGGAGACUCAGCAUCGGUCGGGACCCAGUCGGCGGCUUUCUCAAGAAGAGAACGACUCCAAUGAAGAGGUUUCUUGAUGGGAGCGUUUUUUAUGAGGGAAUUUAACUUGAAGGAAGUCGGAGAAGAGGAAGUAUCGUUGUACGAUCGUGUGAAACGCGAGCGAAGACAAGCUAGGUUUGUGAGAAAAAAAGUCGGAAUAAUUAUAUUUAAAUUGGGUUUUAGGGUAAAUUUUAAGGAAUAUAAAAUAUGAUGAAUCAAAAUUGGGUAUUGAGUAUUUAAAGAAACUAGGUUUGUGAAAAAAAAAGCAAUUAUAUUUUGAAGGGAUUUAGGACUAAUUCCGUAAAAUGUAAAAGAAACUGUAAAAUUACCUGCUUUCCAAAGUAAAUGAGACGACAUUUUCAUUUUUCGUAUGCCUAUGUCUUCUGCAACAGACUCUAAACUCAGUAGCUUCUUAAAAAGGACAACUAUCACAAUUUUCAAGCUUUCUCGUACAAUUUUUAUAGUUGUUUUGGCUAGCGGGUGUUUUUCUCAGUCUUAUCUGGGUAAAUUGUCUCUCAAACUAGGUCCCAACUUUUUUUUUUCGCUGUACACUUCAAAAGGUCUUCCAGCCUUCUUUUCUUCGUAAAAUGACAAUUUAAUAAUUGUUUUCAACGCUGCAAUUUGAUAGUUUUCAGUGUGGAACGGCGGUUAGAUUCACCGAAAACCGAGUCUCCCAAAAUCUCUCCGUCGACUUCGAGAAACUUGCGACAUGACCGCAGGAUGAGAAGGGAGGAACCAGAAGAAGAAAAAGAUGAGGCCAUGGAGGACGGUGAAGAAACCAACGACAAGCCUGAAGUAGGCGCUUUUAAUCCAUUUGGACAAAUUUAUUGAUUUUUUCUACUAGCUUGGGAUAGAAAUACAAAAAAAAAACAUCUUUACCAUUUUUCAUGCACAAAUUUGCGUUAAUAGGCUGAAGAUUCUCAUCAAGUCAUAUUUGCAGCGAACAGGGGAUAAACUAUAAAUUGUGGCACAAUGGAAAAUAUUUUGAAUUUAGGAAGAAGGAGAAAAGGUAGCAGUCGAAGAUGAGGAGGACGAGGUAGAAGAAGAAGCUGAGGAAGGUCCGCGGCAGUACAGUCUGAGGGCCAGAAGACCGCCUCCGAAACAGCAACCGAUUCAGUCGAGCAGAAGCCUCAGGUUGAGAGAAUUCGUGCGAGAAGGUCGCGAACCACGGGAAGAUCGUAGAAGUCGUCGGCGACACCGAUCUCGGUAGGUCUUUUCAGCUUCUCCUGUUUCAAUUAGGGUUAAAAAUUGGAGUUAUUUUCUCUUUGAGCAAUUGGAGAUUAAAAAAAAAGAUACACAUAAAAACGUUAUAAAGUAUAUAGUUCCAGCCGGGGAACAAUUUUGUCACUUUUCUUUUACAUGCGCCGAAAUUUGCUUCUAGGCUAACUUCUCAAAGAAAUGUGCACAUUUUUUAAAAAACGGACGGAGAAAAACAUGGAAAUUGAAUAAUGCGAAAAAAAUAUUUUUAAUUUUACAACAGCCUCUUCUUCUUCUUUUUUCUAAAUAUUGAUCUUCAGACGCAGAAAUGUCCGUAGCGAUUCCGACUCCACGGGGGACGAUGAAGAACGUUUCGAGAGGAGGAAAGACAGAAGCAUGGCCAAGCAUCGGGGUCGAUUUAUGCCCAUCAAUAUGACUCGUUAGUGAUUUUUGUGUUUCGAAAAAAGGAACAAAUAUCUGAAAAGGUCUAAAGAAAACUUCCAAGCUUUCUCUGAAGCCUCUCUUUUUGGGAAAGUUUAGAGGAGUUGACAAAAUUUUUCAAGUUUCAAAAAAAGAUGAAAUCAGGAUUAUUUUCUUUACAAUUUUAGGAAGAAACGCGAAAGCUCCGAAGCUCUUUUAAAAGGUUUUUGUGAAAUAUUUUUAACUCUUAUCAUGAUGGCUUUCUGAACUUUUCAAAAAAGAUGGGUUUUUUCUUGGUUUUUUUUUGGUUUUUUGGUUUUCUUGGUUUCAGGUUUUUUUCCUCCAGAAUUAAAUUUUUAUCUUUUUUUUUUCAAAUUCUAAAUCCAAUUGAUCUCUUUUGGCUUCCCACUAAUCAAUCAAUAAGUUAAUUCACCAUUUUAAGAGAAGGAACUGGCUUUGACGGAAAAUGCCCUUGUGAAGGACAAAUUGAGACAAAUCGGAGGAGCUUCCUGUAGCGACAUCGAUCCCAUGAGCAUCGACUCGACUGUUGGUUUCGAGCAGGUUUUUUAAUUUUUUCAAGGUCGGAAAAUAUAUAGAAAUCCAGAUUGGAGGUCUCGGCCCUCAUAUCCAAUCCCUGAAGGAGGUUGUUCUGUUCCCCAUGCUCUAUCCCGAAGUUUUCUCCCGAUUCAACAUCAAUCCGCCCAAAGGAGUCAUCUUCUACGGACCUCCUGGUAAGGUUUAGAAAUCCGUAACAGUGAGAAUAAUUGGAGGAUUUGAAGGAGAAGUUUUAUUCGAAUAUCAUCUGAAAAUUUCAAAGUCGUCUCAACGUUUUUUUUUAUAUUUCUUGCCCAAAUUUGAAGUUUAAUCAGCUAUUUAACUUCGUAUUUUAUAUUAAGGAUGUCAAAAAGUGUCUGCGAAACAGGAAUGUCGAAAUUUUUGACUUGAAUUGGAGUUUUACUCAAAUAAAUUGAAGAUGCUAGGAAAAAGGGGAGAACUCUGUAAAAAUUAAGUUUGAUAGAAAAAAAUAUGGAAGUUUCAGGUAGCCAUUAUAGUAUCAAAUUAAACUAAACUGGUACGAUUUCAUCAGGAAAGUUGCAAAAGUGAAUAAAAAGAUAAGAAAAUUUAAGAUAUUUUCCCCAAAAAUGGACCUUUUUCCGAGAUUUAACAGAAAUGAAAAAAUUAAAAAAAAAAUUAUCCAUUCAUUGGGUUUAGAAAAAAAUCGUUCCAGCCUUUUUUUCUCAAUUUAUAACGAAAAAUAACUUAUAAUGAAAAAUAAAAUAUUUUUUUCUCAACUUAUAACAAAAAAAUAAUGAAAUCGACAAUUUUAUGCGAAAUUCAUUUAUCAUUGUUUUUCUUGUAGGUACCGGUAAAACUAUGGUCGCACGAGCACUAGCCAACGAAUGCCGUAAAGGAGCCAAUAAAGUGGCGUUUUUCAUGCGGAAAGGAGCCGAUUGUCUGAGUAAAUGGGUUGGAGAAUCGGAGCGCCAGUUGCGGUGAGUAUUUUUUUAAUAUUUUUCCCAUAGAUUUUUUUGACCUAAAAAAACUUUCUUUCAUUUUGAAGGUAUAAAAAAAUAUGAUUUAUACAGUCUGUUGUUUGAAAAAAAUCCAUGCGAAACUAACGAAAAAAAAAAAUCGAAUUUACAGACUUCUCUUUGAUCAAGCUUAUCAAAUGCGGCCCUCUAUCAUUUUCUUCGAUGAGAUCGACGGAUUGGCGCCAGUGAGAUCUUCCAAACAAGAUCAAAUCCAUGCCAGUAUUGUCAGCACUUUAUUGGCUCUGAUGGAUGGUCUCGAUGGUCGGGGAGAGGUUCGAAAUAUCUUAUUUUAUCGAAAAAUCGAGAUUUCUAUGAAGGUCGUGGUCAUUGGAGCUACAAAUCGGCUGGAUACCAUCGAUCCGGCUCUUCGACGACCGGGAAGAUUCGAUCGGGAACUCAAUUUUUCACUUCCGGAUAGGAAUGCUCGGUAAGAAUAGGGUCGAUGGAAGUUCUUUACAGAUUUUUAGCUUGAAAAAUUCGAGCUCAAGUAAUCUGACCAGGCAAAGUCAAAAGUCUGGUGAGGCAAAAAAAAAGGCUUUGCAGAAAAUUUAGCUGCAUGUUAAGCCGAAAAAUUUCAGGACUAUUUUAAAAAAAUAUUCUUAUUUGAUAAUACUUACGAAAACGUUUUUAUAAAUUUUUCGGAACUCUCGUCUUUUGUAGCUUAAAAAGUUCGUCACCUAGGUAUUUUUUUGAAAAAAAUUUGAAAAAAUUAAGCUUCCAACAUUUUGAACAGAAAAAAUUAAUACAACCAAAAAAACAAGAAUACCGAGCCAAUGAAAUCUCAACACUUCAAGUUUGAGUUUUUCUAAUUUAAUGAUUCUUUUUUUAAUUCUGAAAUUGUUAUUUUUUUGAUUUUUUUGUUUCCUUUAUUAUACGGUAACUGUUUCAAUAGUUCAAAAAAAGGUAAAGUAUGUUCAAAAAAAUAAUUAGCAAGGUUAGUUGGAAAUUUAAAGCUUGUAGUUUUACUUGCACGGUUUUAUAGUUCUAGCGAUGAGGAAAAAAAAAGAAAAAAAUUCAAAUUUAUUGACGAAAAAACAUUUUUUGAGUUUUGCAUCAACUAUGAGAAAUAGAUUUUCUUAGUCGCCAAAUCCUGAACAUCCACACUUCGGAUUGGAACGAGAACAAACCGACAGAUUCGACUCUCGACGCGAUCGCCGACUCGACCAGCGGCUAUUGUGGAGCUGAUCUCAAGGUUUUUCGACCCUUAGAAAUGAAAUUUGAUGACUUUUUCCAGUUCCUCUGUACUGAAUCUGUACUGAUUGCCCUAAGAUCCCGGUAUCCUCAUAUUUACAUGACUUCGGAACGAUUGGUUCUGGACAUGGAUGAGAUUCGGGUGGAGAGAAGUCAUUUCGAAAGCGCCAUGAGGAGAAUCACACCUGCCUCCAGAAGAGGUGGAUUUUGUGACUUAUCGAUUGAUUAACAAGAAAUUUCUGAACCUUAUAUAGCUUUUUGGUUUGUCAUAAUUUGAUCUCACUAAGUUGAAACGCUGUAGGUUGUUGCAGAAAAAAAAAACGCUUCUUCAUAAUUUUUCUUUUGAUUUUUCACUUAAAAAAAUCGAACAGUUUUUCUAAAAUUAAUUUUGCAAAUUUUGCCUGGAAACACAGGAGAAAUUGAUAUUGUCCCAUAGUGUGAAACGAAGGAUGAUUUCUCAAAAAAAUAAAUUAAUAAUUAAAUAUUUACUUUUUUUCUGAAAAAAAUCCACUUGAAAAAUGAGCAAAAAAAUCCAUUUUAUUGGUUUCCAAAACAUUUUUUUCAUCAAUUCUUGAUUAUAACACGAAAAUUUGUAGAUUUGACCAUCCCAUCACGACCCCUGGACGAACGGACUUGCAUCUUGUUGGGAGACCUGGUCAAAAGCUUGAUAGCCACCAGGAUUCCCGAGGGCUAUCGAUUUGUCCAAACUGUAGAGGCGACCGCCGGAUCGGAGCUGGAAAAGGUCGUGAGAGCCCUGGAACAGCCGCCGACAGUUCCCGCGGGUGAGCCCGGGGUGUCUCAUGCAUUCAAAAAGAUAUUAUUGAAGUUCGACUGCUUCUCUGCGGAUCCGCGGCUGUCGCGGACGCCGGCCAGACUUCUUUCGUCCUUCCUGCUAUUCUCAGCAAACUCGACCAUUUGCCUGUCUUUUCUCUAUCUGUGUCUGUUCUGCUCAACGAUGGACGUCCUGAGGUUUGAGAUUUUUUUUGGGUUUUAUAGGCUUUCAGAUUUUAUCUACUUGAGAUAACUUCUAGGAAAAUUGAGCUUCUAAAACGAUACCUAGCGGAGAAAUCAUGACUUUUACUCAAAAUUUAAAGGUUUACAGAAACCAAAAUUUUUUCGCGUCAAGGUAAAAUUUGAUUUAUUAUCUGGAAGCUUAAAAUAUAAAUUCAAAGCAAAGGCUAUCAGAAUAAUCUUGAAAAUAACGUCACCUUCUCGAAUAAAUUUCCGAUAUGGCUUCGCCGAAAUAAUCAGGAAUGACUUCAAUAGAUUAAAAUUUCACCCCUUUUGCAAAUCUUCCAUGUAAAUUACUCAAAAAUUACUAGCAAGAAAACUUUGAUUUUUUAUCUCAUCUAUGCUCGAAUAUUUCUAAAAACUGCUCUGCUUAAGGAAGCUCUGUCCCACGUGGUCCAAGGAGCCAUCAGAGCCGCCACCAACGGUCCCUGUAUCAUUUUGUUGCCCUCCAUUGAUGAGUGGGAACAUGUCGUCCCUCCUAGUGUCCUCCACAUGGUUUCGCUUUGAAAAGGGAAUUUUCAAAAGAAAAUUCAACUUUUAGCUCACAACUUGCCUCGAUUCCAUGACCGGUUUCACGCCGGUUCUGUUCCUAGCCACUCUCGAUUCCGAGUACGACGGAGCUUCGGAUUAUGUCAAGGAGAUCUUUAGACCUGCGAAUUGUGUUCGGUUAGGCUUUUACUAUAAAAGUUCCAUAAGAAAUCUGAAUUCGCAUAUUUUUUUUUCUUCAUUUUUAUUCGCCUUUUCUGGUUUGUGGCCUUGACUUCCAUAGAAAACAAUCAUUGGUUCCUAAAUUAAUGAAAUUAUAUUUUGAUUUAUCUGAUCCCUACAUAAGCCGCCCAUUUCUAAAGACCGCCUUCUCCAAAAUCUUCUUAAUUUAAAGUCUUAUUUUUCAAUAUUUUCGUUAUUUAAGCUUUCUUCUGAACUUGCCAACGUAUGAUCUGAUUGUUCAGAAAAGAUUGAAGAUCCAAAAAUUUUAGCCUUCCACCCGCUCGGCGAAACCUCCGAGUUCAGUACUUUGAUCACAUCGUCAAGCCUUCUUUGGUCCCUCCGAAGGUUUUUGAUGGUAAUUAUUUAUUAUUUUUUCUUCAACACAGUAGAGUCAGGACUAUGAAUAUAUUUUUGAAAGUCUGGAUUCUUGAAAAUUUUACUGUGCUCUUUAUAAUAAACGCGCAAGGUUUUUUUUUUCUUGAUCGUUUGCGUCUUGAAUAUCGGCCUUAAAAUGUCGAGCCAUUCCAUCUGCGACCUUUGACUUUCAAUGGGAGGUUUAUAAACUGCAAAUUUGCAGCCAUUUCAUUUCAGAAGUAAACGAAGUUUCAGGUUAAAAGACUUUAUGAGUUCCUUUUUCAGCUUCCCUCUACAAAAUGCCGUUGAGAGCGAUCGAAGCGGAAAAAGUUGCUCCAACUCGCAAACUGAGCGAAGCUGAGGGUCGAGUUCUCGAAAAAACGUACGAAUCUCUGCUCCGUCAGAUGAGAAUCUUUCUCAGGGAUAAAUUGAGUAGGAAUAUUUUUUUUCAAUUUUCGGAAUAAUUUUUGAGUUCUCUGUAGAUCGAUUGGUUCGCGACAGACGUUUCGUCGAUUUCGUGAUGCCUGUGGAUGCGGAAGACGCCGCAGAUUAUCACGAAAUCAUAGAGAAUCCCAUUUGUCUGGCUGAUAUCAUGGAGAAGAUUGACAAGUUUGUGCUUUAAUGCAAAUUUUCUGCAAUUUGUUUAAAAAUCCUUGACGACCGUAGAAAAAUUUUAUAAAGGUCUCGAGGUGAAGAGCCGUCGUUUUCAAAUCUAUUUUUAUCUCUGGAGUUUGAAAAAUAUAACAAAGUUUUUAAAACUUCCAGCAAGGAAUACAUUCACGCUGAUCAGUUUCUGGAAGAUGUUCGGUUGAUCACGAAAAAUGCCCUCGAGUACAAUCCAGUCACUACGCAGGAUGGUGAGAAUUCAUUUUAUCGAGAAAAAAAUAGCACUUUUUACGAGUAGAAAAUUAUUAUGAUCAAUAAAUUAGAAAAAAAUAGGUUGUUUACGUAAUUUCUUUUUUUAAGUUAUAAGAAAAAAAUAAGGCUUAUAAAAAAAUUUUGGAAAAAAACCAGGAAUUAAAAAAAGUUUGAAUCUCCUUCUGUCAGGGAGGUAGUUUCGGACACACUAAUUUUUUUUCUCAGUAGUUGGUUAGGCAAAAAUAAUUAAAUCGAAUUACCGUCUUCAAUGAAUCUGCAAAAAUCUUAAAUUCGAAAAAAAAAAUUGAAUCUUAUAGGAAAAACUAUCAGACAUUAUGCCAUUGGUCUACGUGAUGUCACUGAAGAGUUGAUUGACACGGAGUUGGAUGAGAAUUUCGUCGAAAAUCUUGAGGUUCGACUUUCGAAAAUUUUGUUGAAACAAGGACUUUGUAGGGUUAUGGGUUCGUUUCCUGAAAAAACUUUUGUAAUUUUGAAUUCGAAUUUCUUUCCGCUGAGCGAAUUUUUACGAAAAUGGUCGUUGAACAUGUAUUUUAAAUACUUUUAUAUCCGUUUUUUAAAUUCGUUCAAAAUUUUGAAUGGUCCGUUUCUCCAAUCCUUUCAUAAAACUAGAAAGAUUAGAAAAAAAAAGAGAAUCUUAAAAUAUUUGAUUUUCCUUUUGAUUCCAACUUUUUACGAAAUAAUGUUGUUAUUGGGGGUUUUAGGCGACUUCUCGCCUUCUACAAGAAGGAAAUGUGACGCCGGCCAACGAAAAACUCAUCGAAAUGCCGUCUGGAUUCGUCAGAAGCUCUCCUUGGAGCAUCAACAACUCCCUGAAAGCUGAGAUCGAAAAGUGGAAGAAAGAAAAGGAAAAAGAAGCUCAGAAGCUGAAUUCCGCCCUGAACAACACUGAGGCAGGCUGGAACUCAUACAUUCGACGAUAAUUUAUUCUGUUAGGCGCAAAAAUCGGCAACGAAUGAACCUUUGCCCAAUGGAGUCGUCAGAAAAGUCGGAAAGAGAAAACGGUGGUCCGUCGGAAAUUCCGGAAAGAGGAAGAAGUCGAAGAGCCUCGGAGAACCGGAGCACAGGUUUUUUGACGAAAAAACAAAUUAUUUUGAUUUUGAUUUAGAAACUGAUCUUGUUGAUGAAACUUCGUAGAGAAAUCUAGGUUUUGAUGGAUUUUAUAUUAGUAGAUUAAUAUAGUUUGAAAGUUUGAAAAUUGUUUAAAUUUAUUCUUUUAAUAUGAAAAGGGCGAAAAAAAGGCUGAUUGGAUGCGAAGCUUUAGAGAGAGGCGAAAUUGAGGGUUUCUUACCUUACUUCGGGACCUUGUUCAUCUGCGUUUAAACUCAAAUCCCUUCAAACGUUCUCUUUCCACCAAAAGAUUUCCAUUUGGUUCCUUUCCUCCACCAUAACAUAACAAAAAAACUGUGGGCGAAACAAAUUAAUGUUAUGGAGUUACACUUCUCUCUGAUAACUAUUAUCUAUUUAUUUUUCUUCCUUUAUUAGUUUAGUUAAAACAUGGUACAGAAUAGAUAUGUUUGAGGGAAAAACGAAUCCGAUAUGAAACUUAUUUACUGUGCAACUUUAGUCGAGAAGCGAAGGACGAUGAGGUUCCUAAAACAGAGACUUUGGCGGGCAGCGACGAAGACGAAUAUGACAACGAAGUGAGCAUGGACGGGUCGCUGGCGGAAGGAAUCUCUCCUGAAACGUCACCCAAAGAAAAGCUCCAGUUGGUCAUUUCGCAGCACGCUCUCAAGGACUUCGUUGAAAUGGUAAGUCGCCAAAACAAACAUUUAACCAAGCGCUUGUUGAAAUUUUUUCAAUUUUUGGCCUUGUUUUAUUAUUUGAAAGCUUGGGUUGAGAAAGUUGGAGUUGAAGUACAGUAUUUACAACUUUUUUAAAAAAGCUUGUUCUCUUGUAAGAAAAUCUUGUAAGACUUGUAAAUAAAGGCUGGUAAAAUUUUUGCAAUUGUGAUAUCGGGAUAUGAACAUGGUCAUUUACCAUUAUGUUCAUAACGACUAUAACUAGUUGAUUUUCCUGAAAAUUAUUUAUUUUCCAAUUCAGUGCGUGGAGAAGAGCGAGGGCUGGUCGGUGAGCGAGCUCGAAAGGCUCGCAGCUGUUAUUUCCCAUCAUAUCGAACAGUAUAGGUACGUUUCCACCUUCAGAAAUUUUCAGAAAAGGAGCAUACAUAAGUAGAUUUUCACCUGAGAAUCGGAGGUUGGCAAAAAAUUUCAUGACUCGUUUUCUUAGUUAGUUAAAGCUAAUUUGCUUUUCUGUGUUAUGAUUUUAGUUUUUCCUUCGCCCAUUUUGAAAUUUCUGUUUCCAGUUUAUUCAUAGGUAAACGAUGAUAAUGAGUUGAAUCGAACACCGUUUUGAAAAAAACCUCAAAAAAAGGGAAGCAUGAGGCUUAAUCUUGGCCUAGUUGAAAAAAGGACCAAUAAACUUUUAAUGAAAAUCAAAAGAUAUGACAUUUUCAUCGAAAAAUUUUUGGAUCCAUUUUUCGCGGGCUUUUUUUUCCAUAGAGCAACAUACGACGCAUUUGGGAUUAAAAAAUAGGCUGUGAUACUAAAAUGCAAAGGUAUCUCUUGAUGAAAGAACUUUUUGUUUUUUCAAGCUGUUCUCGUUUUUUUUUUCACAAUUUGCAUUAAGUUGCUCAUUAUUAGUCUCUUAUAUUCUAUCGACUUGACUUGGGUCAAAAUUUUGGUUUCCUUCAAGGUGGAAUUCCGAAAUUUUUUUUUUCAUACAUUUUUCGUGGACUUUGAGAAGUAUCAUCUCAAUUAUUUUCUCGAAAUUUUAACUUUUAGGGACAAGUGGGACCGUUCUUCGCUGAUCGGGGAACUUCGUCGUGUUGUCUCUGAGUGGGUCGUCUGGCCAAAUUGCGGCUCCGACCUCAACUCGCCCAUGAAAGAUCUGCAGAAUGGAAUCUUGUAA